GCCAGAGUAGAGAGUUUGCUGAUUACUGGCACUGCGCGGUGGGGUUUCACUAUAAAAUCCAUAGGCUCCCCCGCAGCGGAAAAAAUGGCCGGUAGUCUUCUACACUCCUUCGCCACUUCCUUCUCUUCUUGCUCGUCUUCGUCUUCUUCUCGUCUCCUUCUCUCCCAUUCUCCCCCUUCCUUGUUCUUCACGAGAUUCCGCGGAGCCGCCGCUGUUGCAGUCCCCGGGGUUCGAUUCUCGCGUGUCCUCGCUUCUUCUUCUUCUUCUUCAUCUUCUCGCUCGCCGUUGUGUUACCGGAGAGGACAGAGGAGGCACAUGGCGCACUCGAUUGCUAGGGCCACUCUCGGCCUCACUCAGCCCAACGCUGUCGACGUCCCAAAGAUCGCAUUUGCUGCGAAAGAGAUUGAUGCGGUGGAAUGGAAAGGAGAUUUACUUGCGGUUGGUGUCACCGAGAAGGACAUGGCUAAGGACGAGAGCUCGAAGUUUGAUAACUCACUUCUGAAGAAGCUCGAUUCCCAGUUGGGCGGUCUCUUGAGUGAAGCAUCUUCCGAGGAGGAUUUCACCGGGAAAGCUGGUCAAUCGAUGGUGCUUAGGCUUCCUGGUAUGAGCUCCAAAAGGAUAGGCUUGAUUGGUCUUGGACAAUCUAGUUCGACCACAUUUGCUUUCCGUGGCUUCGGUGAGGCUUUUGCUGCUGCUGCCAAGUCUACUCAGGCUAACAGUGCUGCUGUUACCCUUGCAACGACGAGCAGCAUCUCAAACGAAUCGAAACUCAGCACGGCUUCAGCAAUAGCAUCUGGGACUGUGUUGGGAUUGUAUGAAGACACUAGGUACAAGUCAGAAGGAAAGAAACCGGUGCUUAAAUCUGUUGAUUUCAUUGGUCUUGGAAGUGGAGCAGAAAUAGAGAAGAAAUUAAAAUAUGCUGAAGAUGUUUCCACUGCUGUGAUUUUUGGGAAAGAGCUUGUGAAUUCCCCAGCUAAUGUUCUCACUCCUGUUGUACUGGCUGAGGAAGCCUCCAAGAUUGCUUCCACAUACAGUGACGUUUUCACUGCUACUAUCCUGGACGCUGAAAAGUGCGAAGAAUUGAAAAUGGGAUCCUAUCUUGGUGUUGCUGCAGCAUCUGCAAACCCGCCUCGUUUCAUUCAUUUGUGUUACAAGCCCUCGAGUGGACCUGUUAAAACCAAGCUGGCAUUAGUUGGAAAGGGAUUGACUUUUGACAGUGGUGGUUACAACAUCAAGACAGGAGCAGGCUGUUCCAUUGAGCUCAUGAAAUUUGACAUGGGUGGUUCAGCAGCAGUUCUUGGUGCAGCAAAAGCCAUAGGUCAAGUUAAACCUCCUGGAGUCGAGGUUCACUUCAUUGUUGCAGCUUGUGAGAACAUGAUCAGUGGGACUGGUAUGAGGCCUGGGGAUGUAGUCACAGCAUCAAAUGGGAAAACAAUUGAGGUGAAUAACACUGAUGCUGAGGGCAGGCUUACGCUUGCUGACGCUUUGGUUUAUGCAUGCAAUCAGGGUGUUGAUAAGAUAAUUGAUCUGGCAACGUUAACUGGAGCCUGUGUAGUUGCUCUUGGACCCUCAAUCGCAGGUGUCUUUACACCCAGCGAUGACCUGGCCAAGGAAGUAUCCACCGCAGCAGAGGCGAGCGGGGAGAAAUUUUGGAGGAUGCCAUUAGAAGAGAGCUACUGGGAAAGUAUGAAGUCAGGAGUAGCGGACAUGGUCAAUACCGGUGGUCGCCAGGGAGGCUCCAUCACUGCUGCUCUUUUCCUGAAACAGUUUGUCGACGAGAAAGUCCAAUGGAUGCACAUCGACAUGGCUGGACCUGUUUGGAACGACAAGAAGCGUGCUGCUACAGGAUUUGGAAUUGGAACUCUGGUGGAGUGGGUCUUGCUCAACUCUUCUUCAUAGACACACACAAGCAGCAGCAGCACAAGGAGCAAUGCUUUUUAAUGGUUUCGGGAUCCAUCAGUUUCAGGAAUAAUAGAAAAUCAAAAGGGUGUUUUGAAUAGAAAGGAAAAAAGGGAUCUUUAUGUGAGGAAUUUUGGUAUAUCUUCUUUUGGCAAUUUGGGGACGAGCAGAGUUAGGGACUCUGUUAUUGCUUCUGCCUGGAGUUCUAUUACGGCCAUUACUGCUUUUUCUCGCUUUGCAUGCUUAAACUGGGAAAUAGAUUUCCUUUCAGAUAUUACCUUUGGUACUACAUGAUUCAGGAAAGUCCAUUUCUCUUCUCAUAGGAAAUUCAAUUCAAUUCUGAACAAAAUUGGUUCCUAACCGUGUGAUCGUCGUUCCCUAACCGAAUCCUCUAUAACCAAACCUCAUUGCACAUAUCAAAACCCAGAAGUUGAUUCAUACAAACUUCUGUUACUGCAAAAUAUCAAGGAAAGAACACGAAGAUUUUACCAUGGAUUCUACAAAUCCACUCCCAAGUCCCAAGCAUCAUGAAGUUGCAGCACCCUUGCUUUAGUGCCAUGGAUGAAUGACAGCAUUUUGGUCCUGAGCGACAGAUGUGUUAGGGAAUCACUUUUCCGGAAUCAAGAAUUUCGUUCCCAAAUCUCGUGUCGGUUUUACACAUACGUUAGGUCGAAUUUGUAUUUAUCAUACUUUUGUAUUUAAAACAAACUAAUGGUUGAAAUAUCAUAUCGAUUUGAUUACGGUAAACACACGACUUAACCGAUACAACCUACAAUCGAACGGAUACAAUUCAUAGUCCUUGGCGCCGAUCUCCAGAGGUCCUUGUUGUGCCCCACGAUCUGAAAUUCGUGCAUCCAAGUCUUGCAACGGCACGUGAAUCAAGGCCAUAAGGCCCAUAACGCCUUGGCUCGCAAAUGAACAGUCAAACCAAGU